AUGCCGGCAUUGAUGCGCUCACUGAGCUCAAGCCCCGUAUGUCUCGAGCCAGGAGGUCCCCAUGAUGACCACAGCAAGUGUAAAUGUGCGUUGACGUCGACGGGCAACUUUGGAACCGAGUCUACCGAAAUCUUUACCAGCAACGUUCCCAAGAAGAGUGGUGGUCCUUGCUGGCGCAGUGACCCCUGGUACACCAAACCUCCGACCCCGACCACCUACACGCCUCCGCCUACACAUACCCCCGUGCUUACUGCAACGGUGGUGAAGGGCUAUUCUGAAACCGACGAGGUCGAUGUGUACCCUGCUAUGACCACUACAUGGGCGACCGACCCGGUUGGCAACCAGCACUCGGGGCUUGCGCCGAGUGGUGAGCCUCAAACGUUGCAAAUCCCUAUGCCGGAUUUCAGGAAGGACGACGACGGCGAUAUCGAACCCGAUCCCAAGGGCUCGUCAAUGUGUAAGACUGCCAUCGAUGAAGACCAAUGCAUUAAGGCCGCGGAGAAUUUGCCCGAAUGGCAGUUAGGUUACCUGGAGUCGCCCGGGGACCCGAACAGCAAUUGGCUCAAUGCAUCUGUUCCAUUCAAUCAGGAGGUGCACUCCGUCCAUCAUCUUGACAAUGCCGAUGGCAACGUUAUCGAUCUCGUGAGCCUCAUUCCAGCGGCUGCCCUCGUUUUGGAUGGCGCACCCCGCUGCCAGCUCACGUUCUGGUGCGACAACGAUGACUACAGCAAAAGUCUCACGAAGCCACAGAUCAUUCAGGCAGUCAAGAAUAUGUACGAUGCCAAAAACGGCAUCAGUAAGUGUGGUGCGAUACCGUUCGACAACAACUGCAUUGUCAAGACCGACUACUGUUAUGAUGGCUGCAAACGACCACUGCCAGACAUUUAUUGGGAUAUCACCAGUCCCCAAGUCUGGAAAGACGGGACGCUCGACCUGGACCCCGUCAACAAUUCUACUUGGCUGCCCGUUGUGCGACAGGGAUGA